AUGACGACGAUGCAGACGACGAUUCAGACGAUCAAACAACAACGAGAAGGGAGUUCAUGGAACCAACAGUUUCAACGAAAGCAAAGAUUUCGACAGUUUUACCUUCUUGGGAGAAAUAGGAGUCAGAGGAGUCGUUGGAAUACGAAUAACGGAGCAUUCGGUGUGGUGAGAGUUUCAGCAAAAAUGUCAUCAAAAGAAGAAAUGAUAAACACGUUCACGCAAAAGAUAGAACUUCCAGAUCAGCGCGUAUUAAUCGUAAACGCGAAAACGGCAAAGUCGUCGGGAAUACACACGGUCGCGUUGGAGUGCGAACCUUCCUUACCCGCGAAAGGAUUGAUUUUACACUGGGGCGUUAUUCGUCCUAAUGAAAACAAGAAGAAGUGGCACGUGUUGCCGCGAGAGCUGUUUCCACCCGGGACGACGGUGUAUAAAGAGAAGGCGAUGCAAACGCCGUUUCCGAGGAUGACAAAGUUGGUGAUUGUUUUAGACGCGGAGGCGACGGCGAUUCAUUUCGCGCUGAAGAACGAGGAGACGGGGAAGUGGAUCACCGGGCCGAAUAAGAAGGAUUUCGUGAUUCAGUUAAACGGCGAGAAAGGUAGUGUUGGUAGUAGUAAUGGUACUGUUGCUGCUGCUGUUGCUGCUCCGAAAACGGCAGCCGAACAACCAGUAGUCGCAUUUUCAUCGCCAACUCCCGCUUCUCCUCCUCCUCCUUCUCAUCAGUCUUUGAUUACCAACGCGUACGUGAAACCGUCCAACGCGUUGGAUAAUUUGAUCAAAGUCGUCGCGUUUACAAAGUGGGAAGAAACUGGAAGGCUGGAAGUGAGCGAAAGUGAACGAGAAGCGAUGUUGAACGAAGCGAGCGAGUCUAUCAUUCGCGAGUUGGAAGGCGGCGCUAAGUUGGAUGCGAUUAUGAAACGAUUCGGCAUCAUCGAGGAAGGAGGAUCGUCGUCGUCUGAAUCGUCGUCGUUCUCGUCGUCAUCUCCGCCACCGAAACAACAACAACAACAACAACAAGGAAAAGGAAACGAAAGGUUGCGAGAAAUCUGCGAGUCUCGCUCCAACGGCGCUUCCAUCAAAUGGGGCAAAUAUUACGACGCCAGUCAAACGGGAACCGCUUUAGUCCGCGACAUGUACGUGGAAACGAGAGAAAAGAACAACAUGUUGCAGUUACACGUCGUCGUCGAGGCUGACUUUGAUGUCAAUUUACACUGGGGCGUCACGUCGAGAACGGACGGGACGUGGCGACAACCGCCUCCCGGGUGGACGACCGUGCCGCCUCGAAGUUGGGGCUCCACCGGGAACAGUUGGGAAACAGAAUUUGAAAAAUGCGGCAACAAAUUGAAAGCGGUAACGUUGGAAGUUCCGUGUGGGAACGACGAAGGGAUCGUUUUCGUGUUACGAACCGUCGCAGACGAGUGGGUGAAAAACGGCGACGGCGAUUUCUACGCGCACAGAGACACCGACCAAUUGGCGCCGGCGCCUUCGAACGAACAUCAAAAACCGAGAGAGAGAGAAGAACGGAAGAACAAGAAGGAACACCGAGAUCGCGACCGAAAAGACCGCAAGAGAAAAGACGAUUCGUUUGCUGCCAACCAACCGGCCAUUCCUCCUACGAUCAACGCCAAAUCAGUCAAAUCGGUUCAACCCAUCAAAAGGAAGGAAUGGAACGUAGACGAUAUCGUGUUGAACAUCGGCGCGUUCGGUAGAGACGGCAACAACGUCGCGCAAAACUCCAUCGAUCAAAUAUGCAACGCCGAAGAAGGGUGCACGCGAUCUUUGAUGCACCGCUACAACGCCGCCGCUGAUUUAUUGGGCACUUGCCACGACGAAGGCGAAGCCGGUUUACUCGCCAUGUUUACCUGGUUCCGAUUUAUGGCUUUACGACAACUCGUUUGGAACAACGAUUAUAACAUCAAACCGAGAGAAAUCAGUGCGGCGCAAGCGAGAUGCACGGAAGCGUUGACGAAAUAUCAUCGAAACGAAAGCAAUUACCGCGAUGUUGUUCGAUUGAUCAUGAUGACCAUCGGCCGAGGAGGGACCGGAGACGUCGGUCAACGCAUCAGAGACGAAAUCUUAGCCGUUCAGCAAACGAACAAUUGCAAAGGCGGCAUGAUGGAAGAGUGGCACCAAAAGUUGCAUAAUAACACGUCGCCAGAUGACGUUCCAAUUUGCGAAGCGUUGUUAAAAUUCAUCGCUUCCGAUUGCGAUAUCAACGUCUACUGGGCUCAUUUGCACGCGAAUAACAUCGACGCCAAACGAAUGUCCGAAUACGACCGAAAGAUUUGCUCGGAACCGAAAUUCUCGAGAGACCAAUACGAAGGUUUAACGAGAGAUUUAACCGAGUAUUUACGGACAUUGAAAGCGGUGCAUUCUGGCGCCGAUUUAGAUUCCGCCGCGGAGGCUGUUCUCGGGUAUCACCAAGACGCGUGCAAAGGCAAAGAAAUCAACAUCCCGCCCGUCGCCGACGUCGCCACGCCUCGAUUAGAAGAACUCUUGACGUGCGCGAGAGUAUUAAGAGAACAAAACGGCGACGCGUUCAACGUGUUGGAAGCCAUUUUAGAGGCGAGAAGAGAAUUAUGGCAGUGGACGAAACCGGAUGGGAAAGAUAACGAUCGUCUGAAAGAUGUCAUUUACCUAGACUUGGCGUUGGAAGCAGCCGUGAGACAAGUGAUGGAGGCGCAGAUCGCCGAAAUGAGCAAGAGAGCGCCUCUGGACGUCUUGAAAAUCACCGGAAUGGUUUUGGAGAACUUGUGUUUGAGUACCGGCGAAAACCAAGAAUUCGUCUAUUGCUUGAAAGAUUGGCAAAACGUUAUUCAGUCCGCCAAAUCCGGUUCGAACGAUUGGGGAUUACAAGCCAAAGCCGUGUGCGACCGUUUAGGCAACGCUUUAGGAGAAAUCUCGGAACGGUACAUCAACGUCUUGCAGCCAACCGCGAUGAGUAUGGGACCGAAAUUGAACGUAGACGAACACGUUUUGCAAUUGUUCUCGGAAGAGAUCGUGAGAGGUACUCCAGCCGCUCCGUUGUCUCAAAUGCUUCGCGUGUUAGACCCUAUGAUUCGAGCCGUCGCGCAAAUGGGUCGAUGGCAAGUCAUUUCGCCGGUGCAAGUUAAAGGUCAAGUCGCGUACGUCGACGCGUUGUCCAUGGUGCAGAACAUUAAAUAUUCCACGCCGACGAUUAUCAUCGCGAAAAGAGUUUCUGGUGAGGAAGAUAUUCCAGUCGGUUGCGUUGGCGUGAUCACGCCGGACAUGCCAGACAUUCUCUCGCACGUCUCCGUCCGCGCGAGAAACGAGAAAGUGUUCUUCGCGACUGUUUUUGACUUCAACGUCUUGGAAGAGAUGAAACAGAUGGACGGCAAAUGCGUUUCUUUACAUCCGAACGCGCAAGGAGAUGAAAUCGAUGUCAAGUCUAUCGAAUUGGCGGACGUUCAACCCGCCGGAGGCGCGGGCGCCUCUCAAGCGAAAACCUUGGGCGAAUCUGGAAUUUCCAUCAAGCAAAAGCAAUGGCCCGGUAAGUUUGCGUUGGAUUCGUCUGAAUUCAACGACCAAGUCGUCGGCGGUAAAUCGAAAAAUUUGGAAUUAUUGCGAGGACGCACGCCGAAUUGGAUUCAAUUGCCCGCCUCGGUGGCGUUGCCGUUCGGAACGUUCGACGCGACUUUGAACGAUCCAAUGAACGCGCAAGUGAAAACGAAGCUGGAGUCUCAAAUUCUCGCUUUGAAGCAAUUCGACGACUCAAAAGACGGCGACGGCUUCCGUGCGUUGAUCGAUGAUAUCAAGUCAACCAUCUCUUCGUUGAAACCGCCGAACGCGUUACAAUCUGAACUCGAAUCGUGCUUUACUAAGGAAAAGUUAUCAUGGCCUGGGGAUUUGGAAACUUCCGAACAAGGCCAGGAAGCUUGGAGAACCAUUUGCGCCGUUUGGGCUUCCAAGUACAACGAGAGAGCGGUCUUGUCGUGUAAAAAAGCCGGUUUGAAUCACGACGAUUUGAACAUGGCGGUGUUGUGUCAACCGGUGGUGAACGCGAAAUACGCGUUCGUGUUACACACGGUGCACCCGCAAACGAACGACCAAACUGAAAUUUACGGCGAACUCGUCUGCGGCAUGGGCGAAGCGUUGGUUGGUAACUUUGCCGGUCGCGCGUUGAGUUUCACUGUGAAGAAAUCGGAUUUAGAUCGACCGACGAUCAACGGGUUCCCCUCGAAAUCGAAAGGAUUGUUCGCGCGACAAAAUACGUUGAUUUUCAGAUCGGAUUCAAACGGCGAGGAUUUAGAAGGGUUCGCCGGCGCCGGUUUAUACGACUCUGUGUGCAUGAACGAGCCGAGUUUAGAAUCCAUCGAUUAUACGAACGAACCGAUUUCGAACAACGAAGAUUUCAGGAACCAAAUGUUGAGCGCGAUUGCCAAGAGCGGCAUGGAGAUUGAAAAUUUGCUCGGGUCGGCGCAAGAUAUCGAAGGCGCGAUCACGGAAGACGGUAAAUUGUUCGUCGUGCAAACGAGGCCUCAAGUGUUUUGA